GCUGGCUUGCAUUCUUGAUUCAGGAAACACGGGUAUUGAGAGGAAAAAAUUGAUAGUUCUCAUCAGCUCACAGAGCUAGAGCUGAUAGAAACAAAAAUAAUCGAUAGACUUCUAAAAAAAAGCUGGUUGUGCUAGCAGGUGCUUGAGUACCAUCAGCUUAGGAGCUGAAGCAGUGAAAAACCUGAAUCUAAGCUUCCCCUUAUUGCAGUCAGCAGAAGUAUCCACCUUCUUUCUCUUGAACAGUGCUUGUUGGAAAAAAGCAUUGCUAUUGAAGUGGAGUAGGGAACAGUUAAAACCUCAAUUACACGUGUAUUUUAAGUGAGUGAGAUGGCUCAGUUAUGUAAAGUAGUGUGGGCAUAUAGAUGAUGUUAGACUCCAUCUUCUGUUUAUUUAAUUGCUUCACAGUGUUUUUUGAGAGGGUUUUCAGCAUCUCAUAGUAAACCAUUAACCAUAUUUAUUAACUAUAAUUCAGAGAUCAGCAGUCACUUUUUUGUAUAUGUGCACAGACAACAGCUAAUCCAAAACUUAAGAACAUGGAAUACUGUCAGCUGCCAUUAUCAGAACAUUUUGUUAGUUUAAUUUAUACAAAGGAACAAGUUGUAUGGCAUGUCAAUCUGCUUUUGCGAUAAAUCAGUAAGAUCCUUGGGCUUGAAUUUGAUACAGUGCCCACACUGUGUAUUUUGCAAAUAGAAAUCAGAAGGAUAUCUGAAUAUCUCUGCGUUUUUCCCUAUUUUAUACAAAAUAUUGACAAUGACAUGAUUAAGCAAUUUGAAAUUUUAGUGACUAUAACAUUACUGUAUAUUGCUGAUGUCUGAUGGAGAACCUGAAAUGAUUGCAAACUUGGUAAGCAGAGAGGGGAACCUCGAGUGAGAGUGCGUGAUAUAAUGUGUUUUGUGUUACGUCUCAUAGUCCUGUUUGUAGGUUGUUGUUUGUUGUUUGUUUGUUUGUUUUUUCCCUACGUUUAAUUUGGUCUUUAAAUGAAAGAAAGAAGUUACUGAUAUUUUUAGAGUAUAAAAUCUGUAAGGACUUAUUACGUCUGAAAGAAUGGCUGCAUGUAUUCCUUGGAAGCUAUGAGGGUAAGAAUUGAACGUGCAGAACAUAAUACACACUGGGAAGAAGAGCAGACUUCAGACUAUUUAGACACUUACCUUUUAGUGUCAAGUUUAAAAACUGCAGCAUCUGUCAGUACUAUUUCAGGAAGGGUUUCUGUAAUACACAGUAUAUUCUGUAGUUAAUUCAUAUGCCUUGGCUGAGUUUAUUGAAAUUUUUGGGGAAAAUACUUCAAAAAUAAAUAAAUAUUUGAUUGGUAUGUUUGCUGAAAUAGACAGUGGUGGUGAUGCGUCUUAUUAAAGAUGAUAUUUUUAAAAAUUAUUUUACUUCAUGCUUUGAUAAUACAUAAAGUCAUGUGAGUACAGAAUCUUUGGAAAAAGAGAAUUAUGCUUGCCUUAAUAUGUAAGAAUUAAUAUUUGAGGUCUUCUCAGUUAUCCUUAAUACUCAUCACAAAAAUGUAACAAGAUUGACAGGUGGAUGGCAAGCAUGAAAAGGUUCCAGUAAAAGGAAUACUCUUGCAGAAGGACAACAUCUAUUAAAUUGUCUUCUUGUGGGUAAUGUUCCAUGUACUGAAGUUAUGCUGGUGAUGAUGUAACACAGUUGCUGUAGUCAGCUUGAGUAAAUAGAAAAGUUAAUGUACAUGUCUGGCUUGUUUUUACCACGUUUUGCUUUUUUUUACAAAAUAUUCUAGCAAUGUUUUUCUUUAUUCGGAUGUGUCUUAUUUUUUCAUAAUACUUCUGCUUUAGGUCCCGUUUCCCACUGAUCUUUGCAGCAUGGGGCAAGGAAAUUCUUGUAAAUAAGAUGUUUCAAUCUAGACUUAUGAAUCCUCAUCAAGAAACUGUUCUUGUAAUUAAGAAUAACUGGAUUCCUACUGCACAAGCAUGGAAGUGGUCUUACAUUAUCGACCACAUCAGAGAGAUCUGACAGAACUGCAGAAAUUUGCAGAAGCAGCAGUGAAGGAAUUUCCCAUUCGUCAGUUACCAAGAUUCACACCCUGGUUUCCAAAUGAUUUGUACAGACUUCCGCUCAAACCAAAAAAGCAGCCACCUGUUAUUUCUUCUGAGGAAGCAGAAGAAUUGAAACAACUUACUACACCUUCAGAAUAUAUUGUAGAAUCUCCUAGUUAUGACUGCACAAAAAAUCUCCUUGAAUUUCAGUCUGAUGUGAAUCACGGGCAGACUUUAAUCCACACACAAAAUGGCCGCAGGCAAAUUAACUUGGAAAAUCAAGGAGAACCACCAUCUAAUGAAAAACAGAAAUUGAAAAGGUCUUGGAGUGUCUCUCUCAAUAGCCCUAAGCUUAAAGAAAAGAUUCUUCCUCUAUCUAAAGAACUUCAAAACAAUUUGGAAAGACUUAAAUUGCAUGCAUUUUAUAGAGCAAAGUGGACAAUUGAGCAGUCUAAUUGUAGUAACCAGAACUUGGAGGACAUCUGGAUAAAAUUAAAUAGACUUAUCAAGCAGAACGAAUUGCCGUCUUGCAAUGCUACUAUCCAAAGAUCUUUGGGACAGAUAUGGAUUUUCUGUGAUAUACUAUACUGUGAAUAUAUUAGAAAUAUUCUUAGGGAAAAGCUAAGCCUUACUGAUAAAAUGGAUUUGUUUGUACAUAAAUUUGGAAUUAUAUUUAGUUUAUAACUGUAAGAUAGUUUUAUAACAAUAUUGUUGUCUGAAGUAGUUUCUAGGUAGCUUAGUUUUUAAGGAUCUUAAAAUAUACAAACUUCAGAACAGCUGAUGAAUUAAUUAGGAGAAAAUAACUUCGCUACUUUACUACAGUUUUCAAGCUAUAGUAGCGUAUUUAAGUUUUUUUUGUUGGGAAAAUCAUUAAUGGGUCAAUGAAGAUUAGUAUGUUUGUUUGAUUUAAUGCAGUAUUCUAUGUUUUUUUUUUUUCUCAUCCUUUGCCUAAAGGAAAAAAAAACCAAAACUUCUGCACUUAAUUUCUCCAGGAUAUUCCCUUUGGAAUUUUGCUUGUUUUUCUUCAUAUGAUAAUGUUUGAAUAGUAAUAUUUUAUUGUAGAUAUUGCAUACCUCUUUGUAGUUUAAAAGGAUGUUGCUCAAUUUGGAACAUUGACAUGCAUUUUUAAACUUUGGCUGAAGGCUAAAUGUUCUGUAUUAUAAUUUGAUGCAUCUGUGGGAUUUAAUAUUACUGCUUAGCAAAACUGAUACGACAAAUGACUGAAGUAACUAGCUGUCACUAUUAGUUGUAAAGCUUAUGUAGCCAACUUAAAUCAGUGAAAUUACUUCUCUGAUCUUAAAGAUAAUAGUAAGGAUGUUACUUUGUGCUGUCAGAAUUUUUAGAGAUACAAUGGAGUAAGAUGGAAAAUGUUUUAGUAAGUGUUACUUUUAUAUUUAGAAGCUGAGAAGAAGAGCAAGAGAUAAUCUGUAAUGUACAAGAACAAAAUACUUUAGUAGUCUCAUUAAAUCCAGUAAUCUAUGUAUCUUAAUUUGUGCAUUCUGACUUAACUCUAUGGUGUAUAUUUUUAAUUUUAUUACUGUUAUCUUUAUUUUAAACUUGAGCUGUAACUCUUCCAUUAUAAGUAGUCAGUUCUAGCUAUAUAAACUUGUUGUAGAUUUGAAGAGGUAACUGUCUAUAAUACAACACUACUAUAUUCUUUAAAUACACUUAGGACUUAACUAAGAAAACAUUCCUUGGUGGUAGAAAGGCUUUGCAAAGAGAUAAGAGUGCUGGACACUCACCAAGUGCCUGAGUUAUAAUGUACAAGUGCCAGUUUCUGUGCCUGGAGCGUGCAGACUUGUGGAUGAGAGGCUGCAGAGCAGCCCCCAUAGAAAACCCCCAUAGUUUGUGUUCUGGCUGAUGCCAAGUUAAACCAUGAGGCAGCAGUGUGCCUUGACAGCCAAAAGUAGCAUCCGUGUACUGGUGUGCAGCAGGCUCAGCACUGCCAGUGGGUGAGGGAGGGGUUGUCCCUUCUGUUCUGCACUGUGCAGCCUCACCUCCAGCUCUGGGUGCAGUUUUUCGCCACAAUAUAUGGAGGACUUAAACCUAUUAGAGAGUGUCCAUGGAGGGCUAUGAAGAUGGUAAAAGGGACUGGAGGGCAAGGAGUAUGAGUGUCUGAGGCCUCUGAGUGUGUUCACCGCAGAGGAGAGGCCUGAUGGUGGCUGCAGCUUCUCCCAGGGAGCAGAGGGCUCUGUGACAGCGUCAGGGCCCAAGGGAACGGCAUGGAGCUGUGCCAGGGGAGGGGCAGCUGGGGGUUGGAGACAGGGUCUGCACCAGGGGGCGGUGGGCACUUGAGCAGGCUCCUCAGGAUAGUGGUCACAGUACCAGUCCUGCUCAAGGACCAUCUGGCCAACACUCAGAUGCAGGGUUUGACUUUUGGAUGUCCCGGUGUGGAGCUGGGGGCUGGACCUUGUGACUCUUGUAGAUCCUUUCCAACUUGAUACUCUAUAGUCUUCCUAAAUUUGGAACAGAGAUCAGUGCCACGAUUCAGUUGUAGCUGUCAGGUUUCUGCUGCUUUCUCUUAACUGGCUUAUGACCAAUGAUACUCACUGUGCUACUUGGGUACACCACAGCUGGAGAACUAAACAGUAGUAAAUGAAUGCAGCAUUUAGUUUUUCUAGAGAACUAUUUGUUUUGGGUAGGACCAAUGCAGAAAUGAAGUAAAAAAUUCUAUUUUGAGCUAUCUAGAGCUGCUUUGUUCAUACGCACAUGUGAUUCAGUACCUUUUUCAGUUCCUAUGUUGAAUCCGCUUCUCUACUUUGUUUUGUGUAUUUUGAGACUUUUUGUUUACCUCAUGGUACCAAGCCUUCAGUGGUCAUAUUUUAAUCUUUGUACACACACACGAAAGACAAUGUUUUGAAGUUGUUGUUUUAAAUUUGAAAACUAAGAUUUGUUCAUGUAAAUAUUAGCUUGUGUAGGUUUGCUAUAUGAUAGUAUUAAGUUAAUGUGAACCAGCCCAGCCCACUAUAUGAAAGCAGUUGAAUAUUUUUAUACAGUUGGAAAUAGUGAAUGCUGAGAUGGUCUGUAAGUAGUACAAUAAAGGUGAAAUUGCAGUACGUGUUUCAGUG